CCACACAGCAUAAAUAAAUCUAAUUUUCUCCACUUUCCUCUCAAACACUUCCUAAUUUCAUCCUAAUAAUUUCCAGUCUUUAAUUCUUAUAAAUAACAAGAAAAAUAUUUUCUGGAUAAUUUCUUCCUCCUUGAAUUUCUAUCAUAGUCUACUUUUAAAGAAAAAAAAUAUUCUUGUUCUUACUUUGAUAUUGCUUGUUUAAUUUGUCGAAUGGUUUAAGCUUAAAGAUUUAGAAAAUUAAAUCUUCUUAAAUACAAGAGAAAAAUUUAUUCGUCCUUCAUAUGGAGACUACCGGAGAAGUUGUUAAGACAACCGGCGGGAGCAACGAUGGCCUUACAGUGGCGAGAUCCAACGCGCCGUCGGACUUUCACACGGCUCCAAGGUCAGAAACUUCAAAUCCACCUCCAACCUCCGUAGCUCCUCCACCUCCGCCGCCUCAAAACUCCUUAGCUCCGACCGCGCCACCGUCGACAGCGGAAGGCUUUCCCAGCGGACCGAUGAAGAAGAAGCGUGGACGUCCUAGAAAGUACGGACACAACGGAGCGGCGGUGACACUAUCGCCGAAUCCAAUAUCUUCAGCCGCACCAACGACUUCUCACGUCAUCGAUUUUUCAGCAGCAGAGAAACGUGGCAAAGUGAAACCAACAACUGCAAGCUCCUUUGUCAGGACAAAUCACCAAGUUGAGAACUUAGGUGAGUGGGCUCCUUCAUCGGCCGUCGGCGCUAAUUUCACGCCUCAUAUAAUUACGGUGAACGCAGGCGAGGACGUAACGAAGAGGAUAAUAUCGUUUUCUCAGCAAGGGGCUCUCGCUAUUUGCGUUCUCUGCGCUAACGGUGUCGUUUCAAGCGUUACACUUCGUCAGCAUGAUUCAUCUGGCGGUACGUUGACAUACGAGGGUCGGUUUGAGAUACUAUCACUGUCGGGAUCAUUCAUGCCAGCUGACUCGGACGGGACACGAAGCAGAACAGGUGGAAUGACAGUGUCGUUAGCUAGUCCUGAUGGACGUGUAGUGGGAGGUGGGGUCGCUGGCUUGCUGGUUGCAGCCACUCCUAUCCAGGUGGUCCUAGGAAGCUUCAUAGCUGGAACAAAUCACCAAGAACAGAAUCCGAGGAAGCAGCACAACCACAACUUCCCGUCGUCUCCAAUGCCUCCUCCUCUACAGAUGGGUACAUGGACACCACAACAACACAAGGAGCAUGACUUUAACAUCACUCUAUAACUUGAUUUCACAACUUUCUUGGAUGUACUAGUUAGUUGAAGUUGUUAUACUAAACCGAGAUCAAUUGA